AUGUCUGACGAAGACGAUUUUUUAUCGGAAGAGAGUUAUGAAUUUGAGUUUGAGGACGACGAUGACGACGACGUCAUCCACAGUGAGCCUCCAGAUCAGGACUCUGCUGAGAACAAAUACUACUACGCGAAAUCCCUCAAGGAAGACUCCUUGGACACUGCCAGCGACCAAUUAAAGGCAUUGGUGGAGAACGCAGACCCGGAAAACGAUGUGGAGUGGAUUUUCAAAGCACACAAGCAAACAGCAAAGUUGGCGUUUCAACAAGGCAAGUACGAAGACGUACUCGAGCAAAUAGGAUACUUGAUUCGGAUCCUACCGAAGCUCAAUGGCAAUUAUGCCGAGGAGUCGAUCUCGAAGAUUCUUCACAGAUACUCCUCCUGCAACGAUCAGCAGUUUGUGCUCAGGAUGUACGAUGUCAUUGUCUCGCACUUGCAAGAUUCAAUGGCCCUGGGUGUGUCUGGCCAGAGAUUAUGGAUUAGAAUCAACAUGAAUCGCUUGAGGAACUUUUUAGAAAAUGGGCCUCUAGAUGAGUGCUCUCAGCUUAUAGACGCCAUUAACUCGAAACUAGAGUCCAUGUCUGAACUGACCCAGAACUCGUAUGUCUUGGAUAUCAUUGCUGCGGAGAUCGAAUACACCUUCAAGACGGACAUGAACUUGCUGCGACUAAGCUACUUGCACAGGAAGGCUUCAAAAGUUUCUUCUGCCAUAACUCACCCUCGUGUUAUGGGCGUUAUUCGAGAAUGUAGCGCCACGAUCCACUUUUACCGUAAGAACUUCGAGACCGCUCGAGUAGAAUUCUACGAGUGUUUCAAAAAUUACGAUGAGGCUGGAUCGAGCUCGAAGAAGAAAGUUUUGAAAUAUCUCAGCCUUUGUCUGUUGCUCACAGAGAACGAAGUGAAUCCGUUCGAAUCACAGGAAACACAGUCGUACGCUUCUCUUCCAGAGUACAAAAAUCUCAUCAAAUUGGUGAGCUACUGUGAGAAUCUCGAUCUAAAGGGCUUUCUUUCUACGUUGGAUACUAUGAGAGCAACAGAAGACCCGCUCUUUAAUGAUAGCAUCUUCAAAAGUGCUUCAGAACACAUAUUGCAUAAUAUCAAAGUAAGGCUCUUACUUAAUCUUCUCAAAGCAUAUAAAACCAUUCGUUUUGAUCUGGUGAUAAGAAAACUUCAGCUUCCAGACGAGGCACACCUAGAGGACCUACUCAUCAAAAUGGCUAACUCAGGUUCUUGCUCCACCAUUAAGGUGGACUUCAGCAAUAAAUUCAUCGAAUCAGAGGAGAGACCCAUUGAUUUGAUUCCAAGUACCUUGGAAGUGUCUGAUGUACAGAAUAAUUUGCAUAUUCUUUCGUCAAUUGGGUUUGAGGGCUUUUGGCCCAGCGAUUCUACAGAUGCCACCAAUGCUAUGGAUGUUGACCACUUCCCUCAUCAGGAAGAGUUUGUAACUGCUGUGAGCGUCAAGCGUGAGCUGUCUGUGAUAAGCUCUGUCAUAUUUCCCAAAAAGUUUGAUCCUAGAUUUCCGACGAAAACCUGGUUCCCUGAAGUUGUGGAAGAAUGGUUCGGCUACAUAAAAAAUUCAUUCCCUACACCAGUCCAAACCAGCAUCACACAGAAGGAAAAAGUUCAAUCAGAGCAACAGGAGGACGCCGCAAACAUUACACAAUCGAGAGAGCCUGAACGGGUCAGACAGAAUACUCCUGGGGUAUCAGGCGGCUACACGAAUGAGGAAGAGAAUUCUGUGGACAAGUUGAAUACGUUGCAAAGGUGGGCCAAAAGAAUUGAGCGGGGGUUGAAGCAGUGA